UAAAGGUCCCUGGAGCGAGUAGCGGGAGCCGUCGUAGAAGCAGCGGCGGCGGCGAGGGCGCCUUUGCUUUGUCGCCAAGAUGCCGGCUGUGUCGAAGGGGGACGGAAUGCGCGGCCUGGCCGUCUUCAUAUCCGACAUCAGGAACUGUAAAAGUAAAGAAGCUGAAAUAAAGCGAAUAAACAAAGAACUGGCAAACAUUCGAUCCAAGUUUAAAGGUGAUAAAGCCCUUGAUGGCUACAGUAAGAAGAAGUAUGUCUGCAAGCUGCUUUUCAUCUUCCUCCUGGGGCAUGAUAUUGAUUUUGGUCACAUGGAGGCUGUGAAUCUACUAAGUUCAAACAAAUACACAGAGAAGCAAAUUGGCUAUUUAUUCAUCUCUGUACUUGUGAAUUCAAACAGCGAGUUGAUACGUCUCAUAAACAAUGCAAUCAAGAAUGACUUGGCCAGUCGCAACCCAACUUUCAUGGGACUGGCUCUGCACUGUAUUGCCAACGUGGGCAGCAGAGAGAUGGCAGAAGCAUUUGCUGGAGAAAUUCCAAAAAUACUUGUAGCUGGUGACACCAUGGACAGUGUGAAGCAGAGUGCAGCCCUGUGCUUACUGCGAUUAUAUAGAACUUCUCCUGAUCUGGUUCCUAUGGGAGACUGGACAUCAAGAGUUGUGCACCUGCUUAAUGACCAGCAUCUGGGUGUGGUUACUGCUGCUACCAGUUUGAUCACUACUUUGGCACAAAAGAAUCCAGAUGAAUUUAAAACUUCUGUGUCUCUGGCUGUCUCCAGACUCAGCAGGAUUGUGACAUCUGCAUCAACUGAUCUUCAAGACUAUACUUAUUACUUUGUUCCUGCUCCUUGGUUGUCUGUGAAGCUUCUAAGAUUGCUGCAGUGUUAUCCACCUCCAGAAGACCCUUCAGCACGAGGUCGUCUCACAGAGUGUCUCGAAACUAUUCUCAACAAAGCUCAAGAACCUCCAAAAUCCAAGAAAGUGCAGCAUUCCAAUGCAAAAAAUGCAGUACUUUUUGAAGCCAUUAGUUUAAUUAUCCACCAUGACAGUGAGCCAAACCUGCUUGUUCGUGCCUGCAAUCAGUUAGGCCAGUUCUUGCAGCACCGGGAAACUAAUCUCCGCUACCUAGCCCUGGAAAGCAUGUGCACGCUUGCCAGCUCUGAGUUUUCACACGAGGCCGUGAAAACACACAUAGAAACAGUUAUCAAUGCAUUGAAGACAGAGAGAGACGUAAGUGUACGACAAAGAGCAGUAGAUCUUCUGUACGCCAUGUGCGACCGAAGCAAUGCCCAGCAAAUUGUGGCUGAAAUGCUGAAUUAUCUGGAAACUGCUGAUUAUUCUAUUAGAGAAGAAAUUGUACUGAAGGUUGCAAUUCUAGCUGAGAAAUAUGCAGUGGACUACACCUGGUAUGUGGAUACCAUCUUGAAUUUGAUUCGAAUUGCUGGAGACUAUGUCAGCGAAGAGGUGUGGUACAGAGUCAUUCAGAUUGUUAUUAACAGAGAUGAUGUGCAGGGAUAUGCAGCAAAGACUGUCUUUGAGGCUCUUCAAGCUCCUGCCUGCCAUGAGAACUUGGUAAAAGUAGGUGGCUAUAUCUUGGGAGAGUUUGGAAAUCUGAUUGCUGGGGAUCCUAGAUCUAGUCCUCUGAUACAAUUCAACUUACUGCACUCAAAAUUCCAUCUCUGUAGCGUUCCAACUAGGGCGCUACUCCUGUCUACAUAUAUCAAGUUUGUGAAUCUAUUUCCCGAGAUAAAAACCACCAUUCAAGAUGUACUACGCAGUGAUAGUCAGCUGAAAAAUGCCGAUGUUGAGUUGCAGCAGAGAGCUGUUGAGUACUUGCGGCUCAGUACAAUUGCAAGUAUAGAUAUCUUGGCAACAGUGCUAGAAGAAAUGCCUCCAUUUCCAGAAAGGGAGUCUUCCAUUCUGGCCAAGCUCAAGAAGAAGAAAGGCCCAAACACAGUCACUGAUUUGGAAGAGACAAAAAAGGAGCGAAAUUCUGAUGUGAAUGGCUGCACUGAAGCUGCCCUUGCAAAUGCCAGUACUGCGUCCACCCCAUCUCCUUCAGCAGACCUUUUAGGCCUUUGUGCAGCCCCAGCUGCAAACUCUGUUGCACCCCAGACGUCUUCUGGUAGCUUGUUGGUGGAUGUAUUUUCAGAUGCUUCUGCUGCUCCAGCAUCUCUUGCUCCAUGUUCUGAAGAUAACUUUGCAAGUCCUGACUUGGCUUCAAGUGAGCAGGUAGUUUCUGAAGAACCAGCUGAUGCUGUGCAUGAUGCUGAUGAGCUUUUUCACAAGUUUGUUUGCAAAAACAAUGGAGUUUUGUUUGAGAAUCAGUUACUACAGAUUGGUCUGAAAUCUGAAUUUCGACAAAACUUGGGUCGAAUGUUCAUAUUUUACGGUAACAAGACUUCAACGCAAUUUUUGAAUUUUAUUCCAACAAUAAUCUGUUCAGAUGAUCUUCAGUCAGGCCUGAAUCUGCAAACAAAACCUGUUGAUACUACCGUGGAAGGGGGUGCUCAGGUGCAGCAGACUGUAAAUAUUGAAUGCAUAUCGGACUUUGUGGAAGCACCAGUUCUAAAUAUCCAGUUCAGAUAUGGAGGGACCUUGCAAAACAUCUCUGUGAAGCUGCCCAUCACAUUGAACAAAUUUUUCCAGCCUACAGAAAUGGCUUCCCAAGACUUCUUUCAGCGGUGGAAACAACUGAGCAACCCCCAACAGGAAGUGCAGAACAUCUUUAAAGCAAACCAUCCAAUGGAUACAGAAAUUACAAAGGCAAAGAUAAUUGGCUUUGGCACAGCUUUACUGGAAGAAGUAGAUCCCAAUCCUGCUAACUUUGUAGGAGCUGGUAUAAUACACACCAAAUCAAUCCAGAUUGGAUGUUUGAUGCGUCUUGAACCUAAUCUACAGGCCCAGAUGUAUAGGUUAACCCUACGGACAAGUAAAGAAACAGUAUCCCGGAGGUUAUGUGACUUGCUGUCAGAACAGUUCUGAACCAGAACACAAGAAUUCUGAUUCUUCCAUUUUUACCAUUGUCCUUGUCCUGCUCCAGAAACAUCUUGUACACCAGUGUCUGCAAAAAUAACUGCCACCACUUUCACAUCCCUGCCUUAAAAGGACUUGACCCGUUUAUGUGAAAUAUAUAUAUGUGUAACAGAAAAUUACUUAACUGUGAAUAUGGCUCUUAGAUUCCUUGUGCUAAGAGGCUGGAAAGUCUUGUGUGUCUUGACUCAGCUGUGCUCCAUAUAUUUUGGCAGAACUUGCUUUUAUUAAAAUUUACUUGCAAUAUGAUUAACACUGAUUUAAAUGAAACUCUUUUUUAAAACUGGAAAUGCCACUGUAAAUUGCUGGAAACAUGCUGCUUCAAUGUUUUUUUCCCUAGUGCUCUGUUGCUCCAGCAGAGUUCGGCAAAGUUCUGUUCAAUGGGUUGACACCAGCCAUCUUUUUACUCUGCUCUGUUCAUCAAACUUACAGGGCUCAGCUCUCACAAAGGUGUGCAAGAGGAGUUUUUAUGGUGUGUGCGAAAGGCACUACUUUCUUACUGCUGUAAUGAAUGUCACUGGUGUCUCCUUAUUUGCAGAGGGCUAUGGAAGGGCAUUUGUCCUCUAAAGAACAUUUUAGAGGCCUAAGCACUUAUUCAUACUUUAAUAUCUCAAACAAUUUGCUGUGAAGAGCUUUAAAUCCCACCCAUCCAUCCAAUCCCUGCUCUCCAUGCGCCAUAUUCUACCAAAGAGUCUUGUCAACGCUAAAGUAAGGUAAACAAGUUGGGUUCCUUGGUGCAGAGGGUUUCUCCAAAGCUCUGGUUGCUGCAAUUUAACAUCAGUUCACUUGGGCUAUAUAUAACUGAAAAAAAUCACUUGAGUUAUUCUUACACUUGAAAGUAUUCUCACUUUCACAGGGAAUUUAUGCUUCUACAUUCUCUCCACCCCUACUCCAAAGUUUCUAAUGUUUAAUACUUUGUAGAUCUUGUGGACAGCUAGCCGGCUCUGAUCAUGGAACAUCCAGUCUAUUUAGAUUUGAAAUAAACUGGGUAUGUCUGCAAGUAUGAAGGACAGCCCCCUCGAAAUGCGCUAGGACAUUUUUGUGUAGAGCUUGAUCAGUUUAUUUUCAAAAACUGUAGUAUACCUCUGUUGGUCUGAACAAUGUUUGUCACUGUCAUAUAAAAGCAAGCUGGCAGCUCCUAAGUAGAAUUUUUCAUACUGUGGCUUCAGUUAUUCCUCUCUGAAGGGCUUCUAAAAAUAAGUGGUCACUACAGUUAUAUAUGAAAUAAGAAAAAUCUUAAAUGAGCUGCAGUGAGAACUGUGUAUGGCUGAUCAAAAAUAUCUUUUAGUAUGUCUUAACUAGCUGUUUAAACAUACACAGACCACCUUUCACACCCUGACUGGAACUGUCAUUUUAUUAAGCUUCCUUGAGUUUAGAUGUUCAAUCAGAAUCAAAGUAAACAGGUUUUGCCAACUUCUCCAGCCAAAUGUGGUGACUUAUACUGAAGCACAUUGAAUGGAACUACUUGGUAUAUCAUCUGGUCAAGUAAUAAAAUUAGAAUGAUAACACAGUGUGUUCUCUUACCACUGGGGAAACUCUAGGAGUUUUUAUUAUUUAGGAUGGGCAUGUUGUAGUACUGUGAUUUCUUCAAAUGGUACUAAGUCCUUCAAAAGAUGAGAUCAGAAGCUUGUCCUGUCAUAUAGCAGAUGUUGGGAAGAGCUGCCACCCCAUUUUUAAUAUAGGGUUGUCCACUGGAAAGUGGUGGCGAGGUUUGCCCGUUUGGUGCCACAUUAAUAUAUUGUUUUUUGCAUACUAUUAACUGGUAAAUUUUGGGUGAAGAGAUGUGAUUUAUCCAUCAAAGACAGAGAACUCUAAAUAGAUGGCUGAAUGGUUAAAUGUAUAUAAGGAUAAACAUACUUUAUGCAAAUUAUUUUGCCUCUGAUAUGAAAUAUAUAGGCAUUGUUUUAAAUAAGAUGUUUAAAAAUCUGUCUUUAUUGAGAUAAAUGCCUUGAUUACCAAAGUUGUGUAUCGUUCUACAUCUCAAGCACAAGUAACUGUUUCUGUUGCUAAAGCAGUAUUAGUAACUGAGCUACAGUAUUUGUUUUGUUGACAUGUGAAAAAUACCUGAACAGGAUGAUAAAAUUUUGUGCACUUCUAGGCCUACACUCCAGUAUGUAAUGUGUUGUCAUCUCACCUGUAAAAAAGAGAAAUCUUGAGCUUAUAUUGUGGACUUCCAUUAUUAUAACUGUACAAAUUUUGAAAAUACAUAAAUCUAAUCAUGUUAUCUUUAAUGGAAAAAUAAAUAGGUAGAAGAAAAGUGUA